AUGGCUGGCUGGUCACUACUCGGUGGGGUGACGGCCUUCCGCUUCGCAGCAGCGCCACCCAUAUGGGUCUUGGCGGAUCCCCCCGGGGGUGGGGGACUCGACGCCGAACGCCUCGAAGGGGUUGGAACGGGAGACGCACGCCGUGGAGUCUCGCAGAUCACUGUGUCCAACUACGGCGUCGACUGGUCCACUGGCUCAGUCUGUUCAGAUGUACCCGCGUCGGCUGCCACUGGUUUUAUCUAUGCACACACAAUAGCCUUGGCUGGCUGGACACUACUCGGUGGGGUGACAGCCUUCCGCUUCACAGCAGCGCCACCCAUAGGGGUCUUGGCGGAGCCCCCCGGGGGUUUGGGACUCAACGCCGAACGCCUCAAAGGGGUUGGAACGGGAGACGCACGCCGUGGAGUCUCGCAGAUCGCCGUAUCCAACUGCGGCGUCGACUGGUCCACUGGCUCAGUCUGUUCAGAUGUACCCGCGUCGGCUGCCACUGGUUCCUCGGGUUCCGGGGGUGUUAUUCAGCGACGGACGGAUGGAUCGGAAGAUUUCUACAGAACUUGGGAUGAAUACAGAGACGGAUUUGGAGAUUUGAAUAACGAGUUUUGGUUAGGAAACACAAAUAUUCACCGACUUUCCAGACAAGGUGUCUUUGACUUGCGGAUUGACAUGGAAGACUUUGAAGGAAACCGUGUGUACGCACAGUACACCAACUUCUCGCUGGCUUCAGAACAGGACUAUUUUCGGCUGAGAGUAGGAAACUACAGUGGCGAUGCUGUAACUUAUAAAACGGAAUAA